AUGUCAGAAAGACAUACGGCAGUAAACAGAACAGACUGCGGCGGCUGCACAGUUACAGGAAACUGGAAAACUGAGCCUCAUCCGAGACAAGCAGCAUGGCUGGCCUGCAAAGAACUGCUGCAAAGAAACAGAGACUCCAAGAAACUUUUUCUAAUGGAUUUUUACAAGAGGAACAACAUCCAGUGGGCGUCACCUCUGGAGUGCAAACUUCAAGGUGAUGUUGCAAGCGGAAGCGGAGUUGAGCGCCACAUGUUGUCAAUGGUGAUUUUUAAACUCAUAAGUGGAUUUCACAUACAUAUAGGGGUUAUGGAUAUAACUAAACUUUUUGAGGGUUCUGAGGAGAACAGCCCCAUCAGUGUUGCAGACUGCCCUGACACAGACAUCAGGGACGUGAUCAAUGAGAUUCAAAGUGAAGUUGAAUUUAAAAAUGCUGAAUCUAUAGAAGAGCUGUGUUUAUCCUGGGACCUUCCAGUACCAAACAUCACCAACAGAACAUUGAUAUGCAGAAGAAUUCUUCAACAUGCUGUCAUUGGAAAAACAAGGGAACAAGUAAAUCAAAUGAGAUUAGGAUUACAGGAGACAGGACUCUGGCCCCUUCUAAUGCAAAGAAAAGAUGUCUACCCUUGUUUAUUUCCUAGAGAGGCAGAGACAUACAUCUCACCACAGAUUAUCCUGGACUGCAUCAUCUGGCCAGUGUCUGUGACGGUCUUAUUUGACAACUAUCAAGAUGUAGAUGAUUUUGUUGAGUCGGACUCAGAGGACAUAUGUCGAGUGUCGAACUACUUAAAAAGAUUUAUUGGAAAUGCUGCUCAUGCAGAGCUCAAGAGCCUCCUGAAGUUCUGGAUCGGACGGGAAAAACCCACCACAGAAAUGAGGGUGGAAAUUGUGAUUGCCGCUUUUCCCUCAGCGUCGACCUGCUUUGAGAGACUUCGGCUGCCACAGCAUUAUCAAGAUUAUGACACGAUCGUCCUUCAGCCUGUUAGCGAACCAACUUUACCUACUUACUUCAGGAUGCCUUUCGGUGGAGGUAAUAAGUGUGGUCGCUGUCAGAAGACUGUGUAUUUUGCAGAAGAGGUGCUGUGCGAUGGGCAGAGCUUCCACAAGUCCUGCUUCCUGUGCAUGGUAUGUCGCAAGUGUUUGGACAGCACCACUGUGGCGGUCCAUGAAGAUGAGGUGUACUGCAAGGCCUGCUAUGGGAAGAAGUAUGGUCCUAAAGGCUACGGUUAUGGGCAGGGAGCGGGCACUCUCAGCAUGGACAAGGGGGAAUCUCUGGGUAUAACACAUGAAGAACCAGGUCCCCAUCGUCCAACCACCAACACAAAUGCAUCAAAGUUUGCACAGAAGUUUGGGGGAGCGGACAAAUGCUCUCGGUGUGGCAAAUCUGUCUAUGCUGCUGAGAAGGUCAUAGGAGCUGGAAGUUCGUGGCAUAAGAAUGGCUGCUUCCGCUGUGCUACAUGUGGAAAAGGCCUGGAGUCCACAACACUAGCAGACAAAGAUGGAGAAAUUUACUGCAAAGGAUGUUACGCCAAGAACUUCGGUCCUAAAGGCUUCGGUUAUGGGGCCGGAGCUGGAGCUCUGGCACACACGCAGUAG